GUAAAAUUUGUCGUCCAUCCAAGGUGUGGUCAAUAUAUAAGAAAGUCACUCGUCCACCUCAUUGUAUCAUUUCAUCUUCACCUUUCUUUUCACACACACGCACAAAAUGCGUAAAAUCGCGAUUCUACCAAUCAUACUAGCCUUUGCAAAUUUAGCAAAUUGUGGAGUAGUGAGUGGUGGAAUUAGCACCGAUUUAACACCGCCAAUUAGCACAAACUACGCAACCGGAUACGGAAGUGCAGUUGUAGAUCAAGUGCAUCUAGCUCACGGAGGUCACCUUGCCCUUGCUCAGGGGGCGGAAGUCGCUGGUGUUCCUGCAGCCGUUGAAGGCAUCGCUGCAGUUCCUGCAGUUGCAGAAAUACACAGCGUUGCAGUAGGGACGGGAGCAGGCGCGGCUGCAGUUCCCGCAGGAAUCGCAGGAGUUGCAGGAAUACAUGGCGUCGCUGUAGGAACAGGAGCAGGCGUUGCAGGAGUGGCUGGAGUUCCCGCAGGAAUCGCAGGAGUGGCUGCAGUUCCCGCCGGAAUCGCAGGAGUGGCUGCAGUUCCCGCAGGAAUCGCAGGACUAAUCGGUGGAGGCGUCCUGGGUCUAGGUACAGCCAACGUCGUCGAUGCUGGAACCACCUACAGCAGAAACACCCAACAAGUGGCAAUUCCUGUCCCACAGCCUGUCCCCGUUGUGGUCAAUCGUCCUGUUCCUGUGCCAGUUGCUGUCCCACAACCUGUGGAAGUCCCACGACCAGUUCGCGUUGAAGUUCCACAACCGGUUCCUGUCGUUAUUAAAAAAGCAGUUCAUGUGCCUGUCCCACGUCCCGUUCCUGUCCCAGUACAUCACCCUGUUUACGUAAAAGUACCAAAACCGGUUCCAGUCAGUGUACCACAACCCUAUCCCGUUAUUGUCCCGAAACCGUUCCCGGUUAAAGUACACACGAAAGUUGAGGUUCCUGUUCCCGUCCCGGUACAUCAUCAUCAUGAUCAUCACGAUUUCCACCAUGACCAUCACGAUCAUCAUGAUUUCCAUCAUUAUCAUCACGAUCAUGACCACCAUUAUCACCACCACGGCCAUCUCGUCAUUCCCGGAGGACUCAAAGGUGGUUUGAGCAGUAAAUUAACUGGCGGUUUAUCAAGUGGUUAUUCAUCUUACGCUGGCGGCCAUGGGCAUUACAUAAGUGGCCCCAAUUUCAGUGGAAGUGGUAGUUUUUCCAACCAUCAUCACCAUCAUCACGAUUUCCAUGAUCAUCACGAUCAUCACGAUUUCCACGAUCAUCAUUUUCACGGUUCGGGUCAACUGUAUGACAGUAACGGCGGCUACAAAUACUAAUAGAAGCUUGUUAUGUUACCAUAUUAUAAUCUAGUCGUUAUCAUUGCCUUUUGUUCAGUUUGUAAAGUGUUCAAUAAAGUUUAUUUUCAUAA